UUACGUUUGGAAUUUAAAAAAAAUUAAGAAUGUUAUAUAACAUAGUAAAAUUUCCCUAACGUUAUCCAUUAUAGCGGGAGCGGCUUUGCCUUGGUCUCUCUUACUCUCACUCACUCGCUCUUCGGCCUCUCGUCUCGUCUUGCCUCUGUUUCUCUUCAGAUAGAAUUGAGUAGAAAAGAAGAAUGUCGAUGUCUACAUCAGCUAAUUCAAUUUCAUUCUUUGGGAUUGGGUCCAUUCCAAGGUUACCAUCCAUAACAAGACCUCAGUCACUUGUUGUGGUAGCCAAGGCCAAAACCAGACAAGAAGACAGAAUUGCCCGCCAUGCUCGUAUUAGAAAGAAGGUUGAAGGAACUACAGAAAGGCCAAGGUUAUGUGUUUUCCGCUCAAACAAGCAUCUGUAUGUCCAAGUAAUUGAUGACACCAAAAUGCACACCCUUGCUUCAGCUUCCACAGUGCAGAAACCCAUCUCUGAGGAGUUUGACUACUCUUCAGGUCCUACCAUUGAAGUAGCAAGAAAGGUUGGUGAAGUCAUAGCCAAGAGUUGUUUGGAGAAAGGGAUCACAAAGGUGGCCUUUGAUCGAGGUGGCUAUCCAUACCAUGGACGAGUGGAAGCCAUCGCCAGUGCAGCUCGGGAACAUGGACUUGAUUUUUAAGGUUCUUUUUUUGGUAGGUUUUCUUUUUGUACAAUUGUUUGUUUCAAUCUCUUGUAAAACCAUGUAAUAGAAGUGCACCGUCUGUAAACUUUUUCUUUCAAUGAACUGUUAGAACAUUUGGUGAUUUGAAUUCACUUUGUUUCCACCGAGAUUCAAACAAUGAGUGGGUUCAAACAAUGAGUGGACCUGAUCUUGGUUAUUUUUUCUUCGUCUA